UCAAAGACAAGAUUGGUGACUGGGUGUUUCAAAGAACCAACCUAUGUUUUGAUGAGGGUUUUGCUGUGUAAGAUCCAAUGCCCUUCUUUCAUCUGCUUCUCUAAGCCUUCUCCUCACAUCUACACAUCAGGCUCGCAGAGAUUGGAGAGCACGCCUCCUCAAGUGUCUUUUUCCACUACUACGGUUGUUGAGGCCAAUGAUGAUCAUUAUGUUGAUGGUUUGUUGAAUGAGGUUAGAGAAGAAGAUUGUGGUACAGAAGAAGAAGAAGAAGAAGAAGAGCAAGGUCAAUGUCAUGGGGAGAUCUUGAAAAGCAGUCUCAAGAAGGAGGCUUUAGAUGAGAGAAUGGAGAAGAAGCAGGUACAGUGGGUGGAUGUGAUGGGGAAAGAACUUGCUGAGAUCCGUGAAUUCGAGUCUAGUGAAGAAGACGAUAUCAGAUAUGAUGGUGAUAAAAGCUGUGUUUGCAUCAUUCUGUGAUCAAAAUCCACUUCAGUUUACCCCCAAGAUAAGGCAAUGCUGAAAGAUUCAAGACGCUUUAGUUGUUAAAUUUACUAUAUGCUUAAUCCUUUGGAGUUUCUUUAUUUGAAACCUGGACAAUUUGAAGAACAACACUUGACAAUUUAUUCAAAAUGAUUCCAAGUUUGAUAUCUAAGGGACACAUAACGCUCUGGUUCAAAAAAAAAAAAAAACAUUACACAUAGCACAUAGCAUUUGUUUGCAAGCUAAAGUGAUCCGUAACCUGGUGAGCUACUCUCAUCUCAGGAUGUUCAUUGAUCUCUUGGACUAUCUCA